CUUGCAGACCCCUUUGCUGAUGCAACAAAGGGUGACGACUUACUCCCGGCGGGGACUGAGGAUUACAUUCAUAUAAGGAUCCAGCAACGAAACGGAAGAAAGACACUAACAACUGUUCAGGGAAUUGCAGACGAUUAUGACAAAAAGAAACUUGUGAAAGCUUUCAAAAAGAAAUUUGCUUGUAAUGGUACUGUGAUUGAACAUCCUGAAUACGGUGAAGUUAUCCAGCUUCAAGGUGACCAGAGGAAGAACAUUUGCCAAUUCCUCUUGGAGAUUGGCAUUGUCAAGGAAGAACAACUGAAAGUUCAUGGUUUCUAAAAUACCUGUACUCUUAUGAAGAACCCUGCAGUAUUUGGUCUUACCUAGCCCGGCUCUUCUGCGAAAAAUGAAUCUUUGCAGUGAAUGGACUUCCCUGUUACCUGAACAUUUAAAAUUUGAUUCAGAUUUGCAUGACUGCGUGAAACAUGUGGUGUGUAGACUAGAAACACAUAAGAAAACUUCAGUAAGGUGGUAAUGAAGACACUUGUGAACUUUAACACAUUUCCAAUGGAAAUGUUUUAGCAAUGAUUCUUCAAUUUACUACUCUUCACCUGACUUAAAUGUGUGGGUUGUAUGAAAAUAGUGUGUGUUGUUGCUUAGAAAUAAAAGUUUAUUCAUAUAUUUUCUGGGAUAUCUGAAAUGCUUUAGCUUAAGUUUUAAACUAGCACAACAGCCUUACUAAAGAACGGCUAAAAUGUUCUGUGGCAAGUGUAGCUCACUGCUCAUUGAAUAAAUUGGAAAAUCUACAUAAUGAAGUAUUAGCUAAUUAAUCAGUAGAUUAGCUUGAUGUGAUCUUAUCCUGUAGCUGUAAGACUAGAGCUUUAAAGUCUUUUGUGUAGGUGUAUCUUAGUAGCAGCAUGAUAAGACAUAAAUUGUUUGCUGAGUAAGUAACUGGACCUUCUCUAAAAUUUACUGCAGUGACUAUGAAAUGUUAGUGUUAAGCAUGGUAUGACUAAAAUAAGCUGUACUCCUUAAGGCAGCUAUUACUGAGAACAUGUUAAACAUCUAGUCUUGCAUAGCACUCCCAAAACAUUUGAAGGAAGUGCAUGGGAUUUCAUCUCUCUUCUGUCACUGAGUGAAGGGGAAAGACAGUGAGUUAGCUUCUGCCAUGACUGUGCAUUUAAUGUUGGCAAGCAGAGUGCUUCAAUAAGCUGGUAGUGUUAGCGGUGGAAGUAAGGAAGGGAACAAGCUCUACACUAACCUUUUUUUUUUUUUUCCCUGGUGUGAAAAGUUUUGCUGUGACUAACGGUUAAUAUGGAGGGUUUUGUAAUGGGGUUUGGGUGUUACCACAGAAAGCUGAUUUAGUCUACUUUUCUAGCAGGCAAUUCAUUUGCUGUGAUCUGAAGUUAUAAUAGGUUUGUUCCACCAUGCUUUUAAUACGGUUUUAGUUAGCUGUAGGCAUUUGGUAUUCUGCUUUUAAGACGUGUCUCUUUACAGAAUGAAAUUACUUCAUUUGGUGAAACAUACAGAUCUCAUCUUCCUUGUGAGAUAGACAUGGACAUUUUCUCUGAAACAAUUCAAAACAUGCUGAGCUGGGAAACCAUAAGAAUAGUGGGAAAAGUU